AUGCAAGUACUAUCUGCAGGAGUUUGCAUGACUGAUGGGGACUGUAAAGGUGGUUCGAAGUGUCAGGAUGGCUGGUGCAUUUGUCCGGAAGCAUCGAUGAAAGUGGUCGAUGGAAACUGUAAAAAGAUCUAUAGCGAUUCACUCCUCAGAACAAUGCAGAAUAAUUCCACGGCAAUAAACACGUUAAUAAGCGAUAAUAAAAUGAUGACCUCGCAAAUAAACUUGUCCGCUUCAAAUAUUGCACCAUCUGCAAUAAAAAUACCUGAAACGAUCGAGAAGCUUUCGACUUUCGAACUUCUUAACGACCCUUUAACUUCAUCGACAACGUCGCUACAGUACGUUGGAGAUAUAUUACCUGCUGCUGGCGUCAAUCAGUGGAAAGGGACAGGAACAACUACUUCAAUUACCAGUGACACUACUUCUGCUAUAUCAAUACCGAAUCGUCCUCCAGGCCAACCACGAAUCACUGGACCACCAUUAAGCAGACCACGUCUUCAGACGAUCACAGUGCCAACCUACAAAAUUCGGCCUGGAAAUGGAAUAUGUCCUGUUCCAGACAGUGUUGUUCGUGAUGAGAAUACCAACUAUCUGAUAGUCUGUAAUGGUGAGAAACCGUUUUGCCCACCGAAUUCUUACUGUUACGUUACUGGAUAUGCUAAUCAGGAAUACAACUGUUGCCGGUCUUGA